ACUCGCAGUCGGUUUGAGACGCAGCCCCGGAUGAACCGGGAGAGCGGCGUGGGGGCGUGUCCGCUCUCUGCCACCCGAUACCGUUUUGGUGGAUUUAUUUAUUUAUUUUUUUAGGAAGGUGAGGGAGAGGCGGGGACACACAGAGGGAUUGAGAGAGAGAGAGAGAGAGAGCUGUUGAAUGGAGACGGUUCUUAGAGUUUAUAACGGAACCAGUGUCCGGUGUAGGUCGUGCGGAGCGCGCGCGCUGGGGCUCCGGCAGUAAACACGCGCGAGAACCUGCGUCUCAAAAGGCUCAUGAGGCUCGUGAUCGGGGCUUUUUGUCACCAGUGAAGCGCGAGAGCUUUGGCUAUUGUUGCUCUUUUAAGACUUUAAUACCGGUGCAGGUUUGAAUCAUCGAUCGGAUCACGAGGAGUUCGUAGUGAGCUGCGAGAGUUCAGCAUGCGCAUCGCGUGUAACCUUUGUUAGUCUGUUGUUUAGUAUCUUCCACCCCCAAGUUAUUUUUUUGCGUUACCGCGCGCGGAGUUGGUGUACUCUUUGCAGCACGCGGAGCUCUUCUCCGUUUCAUGCAAUAAAGACUUUUAAGGACUGUGGUGUGGAUGCACGCGCGCACGCAUGCAUGAUGCAUCCAGCAAACAGCAGCUGCAUCACCGAGAGCGAUGACAGGACGCGCGAGCCCGAGCCCGGGGCGUCGGAGUCAGUGGAGCGCGCUUCCGGUAAGCGCGAGCCUCCCUCCGCGGCGGAACAGGGAUGCCAGCUCGGGCACGCGGAGGAGGAGCAGGUGCGCGGGGAUGACGCCGCGAGCCCAGCGCAGUUCGUGCCGCCGGAGGGAGGUUACGGCUGGCUCGUGGCGUUCGCCGCCACCUGGUGCAACGGCUCGAUCUUUGGCAUCCAGAACUCGUUCGGGAUUCUGCACGUGAUGCUCGCGCAGGAGCACGAGGACCCCAACGACCAGGCGUCCCAGUUUAAAGUAGCAUGGGUCGGUGCCUUGGCUAUGGGGAUGAUCUUCUUCUGCUCCCCCGUAGUCAGCAUGUUCACCGAUCACUUUGGCUGCAGGAAGACGGCAGUGGGCGGAGCCUUCGUCGCCUUCCUUGGACUCCUCAGCAGCUCAUUCGCCACAACACUGGGACUUCGUUAUUUCACUUACGGCUUGCUGUUUGGCUGCGGCUCGUCCUUCGCCUUCCAGCCAUCGCUGGUCAUUUUAGGGCACUAUUUUCGUCGCCGUCUAGGUCUGGCGAACGGCGUGGUGACGGCAGCAAGCAGCCUCUUCACCAUAGCGCUGCCUGUGCUGCUCAAGAAGGUUGUAGGUCCUCUGGGCCUCUCCAGAACCUUCCAGAUCCUCAGCCUCUUCAUGCUGGUCCAGUCGCUGCUGGCGCUCUCUUUCCGGCCACUGAUUCCUUCAGCGGGUGCAGGGAUGGGCUCCCUGGGGCCCGCCAGAGAUCAGGGAUCUACAGCAGGAAGUCGGUGGAGGAGGGGUUUGAUGAAAGUGAGGAAGUAUUUCAACGCCCGUGUGUUCAAGGUGGCCACAUACCGAGUAUGGGCUUUUGGAGUGGCCACAGCUGUUCUGGGAUACAUGGUGCCCUACAUUCACCUGAUGAACUUCGUGAGGGAGGAGUUUGGGGAGACGCAGAAGGAGUGGGUGCUGUUGGUGUGUAUUGGGGCAUCCUCGGGGGCAGGACGUCUGCUUUUUGGCAAAGUGGGAGACCUCAUUGCUGGAGUCAAGAAAAUAUACUUGCAGGUGGCCUCGUUCAUGACUCUGGGCCUGAUGUCGAUGAUGAUCCCGCAGUGCCGUGUGUUUGAGGGCCUGAUAGUGGUGUGUGUGUUCAUGGGACUGUGUGACGGCUGCUUCAUCACCAUAAUGGCCCCUAUUGCUUUUGAGUUGGUAGGGCCCAUGCGGGCCUCGCAAGCCAUUGGUUACCUGCUGGGCCUCAUGGCUGUUCCAAUGACAGCAGGUCCACCAAUUGCAGGCCUUCUUCAUGAUCACUUUGGGAAUUACCACGUGGCCUUUUACCUGGCCGGGGUGCCCCCUCUGGUCGGCGGCAUGGUCCUGUUCUUCGUGCCGUUGGUAUUCAGUCGCGUUCGUAGAAAACACAGUGACAGGUGUGACCCCAGCACACACAGCAUGCUGAAGAACUGCACCAAUGGAGACAUGCUGCCCGGAUACACUGACACCGAAACACAACAAGAGCCACCGCACUAAGGGACUCACUUCACCAGAUCGUCUAUGUGUGUGUGUGUGUGCCUGUGUGUGUCUGUGUGUGUGUCUGUGUGUCCUCGGAUCAAAUCAGCCCCAAACUCCUCAGCUCAGUGCUUUCCCUUAAAUAGAAAGGACCUGUAAAUCGAUACUUCAUUCUCUUUUAUCGCACACUUGGACUCGUCAGGCCCCCAUCCCUCUGCUGUUCGCUGUGGGAUUGUGACAGUCUAGAACUCGUCCCUGAUGGCUUCUCCGAAGGAAAUCUGAACGAUGUGCUCCUGCACAGCCGAAGCCAGAAGGAACAUCGAUUCACACAUAAGAACAGCUAGUACUGGUCAGUAGGGAACGCUGCUGCCUUUGAAUUGAACUAAAAGGAAAAAUCCUUUAUCUCCAAAAUCUGUUUUUAUCCAAAGUGUCUACAAUGUCUCCUUUACAUUUUUAUCCAAUGUGUUAACAAUGUGUCCUUUAUGUUUUUAUCCAGUGUGUCCACAGAACAGUUGCCGUUUAACAAAAGAGAUUUUUUUUGUUCUCUCUAAAAAAUCUUGGAUUUUUUUCCGGCCUAUGAUUUUGUUCAAAAAUUUAUUUUUUUAAGGAAUAAUGUUCUUUUCUCGUCUGGCUUUUCUCUAGAUCUUUCUGGUUUCCAUGCAGACCUCCGUAAGGUCUAAUGUGCGUUCUGCUCAGAGCCAUUGGUAUAAUCAGUGUUAUAGUUAAUGCACAGUCAUAGUGCAUUGUAGGUAUUCCUUAGCCACAAGAAUAACACUAAUUGAUCGUGUCUUUUUGUUUCUAAGGCUUUUUAGUAGAAAUGCUAGUUAGAUGUGACAGCUAUAAUUGGAACCUUUUGUAAUACUACAAAAUCUCAAAUCCAAUCAUAUAGCAAGCGGUCUGAUGUUUCCAGUUCUCUCCAGUUUCCAUUUUUUAAUUCCUACAUGCAUUUACUUUUUUUUUUAAUCUGAGCUAAGCUUUGAAAUGAGGAUCAUAGAAACACUCAUGAAACAUUCAUGAGUCUAGCAAACUUCACUAACGUUAAACAGAGUUUAUAUAUAUAUUUAACUAGCUCAUUUUGUAGCUGGAGCACAUUUGGAGCGGGUUUGGUGAAUUUGGUGAAUUUUCCAAAUUUCUAUUUCGCGUUUUACUUUUCUUUACCGUUCUCUAUUUAAAGUGAGGUUCACAGGAGGUAAAUGCAGAUAGGAACUAAAAUUUGGGAAGAUAUUCAGACUACACUGUCUACAUGAUUAGGUCUGGCAUGUUUCUCAGACCAAUCAUUUGGAAUUUCUGGCUUUCCUUUGCCAGAACUAAUAUGCAUUCACACGUGACACGUAAUGUGUUGAGUCAAGCGUCCCAUCAAGCGUCGCAUCAAGACCUCAUUCAGUUCUGUUUUAGCAAACGUUUCAAUCCAGAGGUGUGUUAAAGUUGUGUCAAACUCGAGCUUUUGCAUUGUGCUGCCAUUGUUUAACGCUUUAAGUAGCUGUGCACCUACUGCGGUGAAGUCUAGAGCAGAUUUCCUCAUUUUGUUAUUAUAUGAUAUUGUAUGAUCCUGUAGUGUGACAUUUAUACAGGAAUAUGUGUAACACAGCUGAAGUGUGGAUUGACUGAGGUCAUGACAUGCCGCUUAUGCAGAGUGAAUUCGGAAUAAAACAGAAUCGCAAAUCCGAAUCAUGCACUGCCAUAUGAAGGGAAUUUUCACCUGUCACUCGCUAGUGUGAACGCAGGAUUAGAAAAGUGUGAAUUAUGUGAUUUUCUGCAGAUCUUUAUUCUAUGCAGAAACAAAACUCACAACAGUGCCAGUAUUCUAGCUAUUUUAGAGCCAGAUAGUCAACAGUUAGUACAGCCAGUAUGCUAUUCUAACAUAGGCUGCUAGCUUGCAUUCUUCAAGGCUGUCCACAUCGGCCUGUUCAUGGAUUAAGUAACACUCAUAGGGAAAACAUCAUUAUAUAUUUUUAAAAGAUUGAUUUUGGUAUUUUUUUUUUUAUCGGUUAUUGAGUAUUUAGUGACUAAAAGUACUAAAGCUUGUAAAAGUAAUGAGAAGGAAUGUAGUUAGGAUUUCCUAAUGGAUAAAAAUAGAUACAAUAGGUUGUAGAGCUUUUUUUGGGGUGGGGGUGUUAAAUGGAAGAACAAUGAGUUUCGCAAAGACAAUGAAAGAGAAAAAGAAAGUGUGUGUGUGUGUGUGUGUGAGAGAGAGAGCAAGAGCGAGAGAGAGAGGGCUGGUGAAUUAUGGAAUUAUUUUAUUUUUGUGAACAGUUUAUCAGUAGUUAUAAUACUUCAGUAAUGAUUUUUGGUGCCUUCAUAUAUUUUGGCUUUUGUGUCAUUUCAGCCAAUCACGCUGCGAUUGGCUCAUCUAAUUGGCUUAUUGGCUAAUCUUUCUUCCUAUUGGUCUCCAGGUUAGACACUGCUAUGGAGACAUUUUUGCUAUAGAGACAUAUUUCCUCUGGCAGAUAACAGGCAUUUUCAUUGGCCAGUACAAACAGGAGCAGUUAAUAUCAUUGGUUGCUUUCCCUCAGACCCUUUACCUUUUUGGUUGCUGGUUGCUGUGUUGUUACUAUGGAGACAAUAUAAGGCCUUAGUCUGGUUUGUUUGUAGGAUGCAAAACAAACAUAAUCAAACCCAAAACUGCCUCACAAGCUUUAUCUUCAGGUUUAACUCAAAAACUGCUGUUGGUCACAACAUACAUCUGGAAAUUUAGAAAUAUGUGUGAGUGAAAGUUUAAAGUAGGAAUGUACCAGCUAUAGGUUAUUAUACAGAUAUACAGUAACUAAGAGUGCAAUCCUAUGUUCCCAAAGCCUUACGUACCCAGGGCUCCAUUGUCGCGAACAAAAGACAAAACACUGAGGCGUCCACAGACCUAAUUCUGUGUUUUGACUUCCCACUUCAGAGUUAAGACAUCCACAGCAUUAGUAGCAAGUUAGUAGUGAGUUUUCGAGUUUUUCGCACUCUUCAUGUCAUUGUAGCAAAGUAUCAAUGUUAAGGAAACAUAGAAUGUCGCAGUAACAGAUACGUUGUCGUAACCCCCUGCAAUCUGUAUGUGGAACAUCACAGGCAGUAUGUGGCUGUCUUUUUAAGACCCUUUGUGUUGGGUCAGUCAUCAUUGCAAUGGAUUGGUGAAUUGGAGCCAAAUUUGAUAUCAUUCCAGUGUUUAGUCCAAUAUCGGCCAAUAGAAAUACUCAGCCUUGGUACAUCCCUACUUUAAAGAUCUAAAAUGUGAACUACUGUUACACUACACUGUCACAUUAAAAAAAAAAUAAAAGCACUUUUGACUAGAAGCCAGGAAUGUGCUGAUUAUAUGUAAGUGUUUUAUUUUUUUAAAGAAAGGUGAAAGGUGUGACGUACAUUUUUUCCAUUUAUAGUUACAUUUUGUGUGAUACAUGUUGAAAGUCAAUGAAACAAGUUAGUUCCUCUUAUGUUAUAGUAGCUAUAAACAGCCAUCUCAUAACCAGCCUCUCUUUUUUUACUUAUGCAACUUGUCAUGUUACAGAGAAAUUGGAAAGUGCAGAGCCUUCUGUCUUAAAGCCUUGUUGGAAAAAUUACAGCUUUACCUCUGACUGUUACAAAAACGCUUACACUGGAGACUCCUUCCAAACUGCUAAAUAAACGCCUCCUUACAGGAAAACUCACCUUAUCCACAGUGUUUUUAAAUCCAUUUAUGUGGAACGUCCAUCGUACAAGUCCCUGGGUAAAUUGUUACAAUAGAAACGAUAAUGUAUUAGACGUAUUAACAUGAUCAUAUAAAUUGAGAUGAGAUUUUUAAAUUAGAAAGCAGCACGACACGCGUCCCUCCACAGAGCAAACUACGUCGGCUUAAACUAUAUCUCCGAGCCUUAAAGGGAAUGAAACAAUAGUGCUGAUUAAAGUGCUGCCCAGUGAGAACAGGUACAAGUAAACGUGCAGUCGGUUUUGAAACUACAAAAUUGUGAUAGGGAAGCCAUGAUAUUGGAAAACAGUUACAAUUUAUAUAGUGAUGAUUUUAUAUAGGCCAUGCCUGGUAGGAACAAGACACACAUACCUCAAAAAUCUACCUGUUAAUGAUACACACUGUUAAUUUUACAGCUAUAGUUAACUGCAGUUUGAACCUCAGUGCUAAUGCUCCUCAAUACAAGCAUCUCUCUCUCUCUCUCUCUCUCUCUUUUGUACUGCUCUCAGUGCUAAUUAAUGGAAAGCUCUUUAAUUAAUUGCUUAGUCUUUUAAAACCACUAACAGCCUUUUCAGAUUCAGAGCCUUUUGUUAGUGCUGGUUUUGUGUGUGUGUGUGUGUGUGUGUGUGUGUGUGUGUGUGUGUCCCUCCCACAUUGUAGUGUCUCCGGACCUCAGGGAUUGCAUUUUCACAAAGCUUUUCAUGUCCAAACCUCAUCAUUUCUCCUGCAUGUGUUAUGGUACAGCAGAUGUGUAAAGACUUAGCUAAAAAAAUUUAAAAUUUUUAAAAAAUGAAAUGUACAAAAUUUCCCUCAUCAUUCCCUUGUUUUUCUAACCUAAAUGUAGUCAUUCAGUCAAGACAUGUUUGUUGUCUGGCAUUUGCUUCCUUAGUUUUGCUCUGGAGGUAUUCCUUUAACCAAGAUACUUGCAACAUAUAAAAAAAAAAUAAAUAAAGGUAAACAUUUCUUGUUUAAUGAAAAUAUUGAAAGGACAAAUCAGAUUUGUUUUUGAGACAGACUUUUAAAUCCUUCUGUCAUAAAAUCGGUUCAGCAUUUUACCCGAGUCUCUAUAAAUGUUUGGUGAUCUGGGAAAACCCAUUGGAUGUCACUGUGGCUGAAUUCUAGACGAAAAAUAGACAAAAUAUUGGGUUUUAAGACUAAAACUGGGUUUUUCUACGUAUCACUUUGGCACCUCAAUGCCAAAUGCCACUACAAACCAUAAAUAUAUUUCCCCAAAAAAAGUAGAAAUAAUUUUAUUAACAUCCUAAACUUGCCUAGCAAAGAUAACAUUAGGUAGAUAAGGAGCUAGAUUAACAAACACAGCAGUAAAAUGGCUCUAGGCAAUGAAUUAAGGCAGGUAUAAAGAUAGAUGUAGUCUUUAUGAUCAUAUAUAUUAUUGUUAUAUCUUAAUGAUUACAUAUGAAAUUAAAUGCUAGACAAUCAGUGUGAUGCUGUUUUUCAGUGGACUCAGUGAAAUCUUAAAAUGCUAAUUUCCUUCCUUUUUUGUGGAGAUAACCUUACAAACUAGAACUAGCAAUGAUAGAAAGAGAAACAUACUUCAGUUCAGGAAACCCUGUACUAUUUCAGAGCUAUAUAUAGUAGGAAAUAUCAAAAUUUCCCCAUGUGAAGGGUUUUCCCAGGCCGCCACACAUACUUUACAAUGCGCCAUCGCGAUAUAGAAUAGAUCACACAGUGCAUCUUCUGUAAGUUAACAUAAUUUUAAGUUUUUUCUAUGUUUGUGAAUGUAGUUUGGUGUUUGUGAUUAGGUAUAAUCAAUUAUACGUACAUUUAACACGUUAUUGCUAUCAUGGAUGUCUUUAAGUGUACCAACUACCUUGCCAUUUAGGUUUUAGGCAGUGUCAGCUUAUCUAAAGAUAAAAUCGGACGUCUAUCUUGCUUCGGGCUAACAUAGGAACAUUGAUUCUGUUCAUGCCACUUCCGUGAAAGUUUGAGAAGUUUAGUGGACAGAAUUCUUACUCUUUUUUCAGUGUUUUUUUAAACAAUUAAACAAUUAUGAUCUGAAUAUUUUAAAUCAGCACAUUCUUGUGUAAUCCUAGUUUAAUCUUCGCGUCCUUUGUUCAGUUUUCAUCUGGCUUUGUUACAAAAUUUGUACAUCAUAAGAAUCUAAUAUUACCUCAGUUACCUCAUGUGUCUGCAUUUUGGCCUUACUACUUCUGACCAAUCAAUUCCAAGCUUUACAAAUAUGCAGAUUUCUUCUAAUCUUCUAGUAAUCGAGUACUAAAAUUGCUUAGCAUUUUUUUUUUUAAAGAAAAACAAAGCAUGCUGCUUUUUAACUCUUUGUAAAUAGCUCAUAAAAGCUGAGUAUUGAUUCACAAGUAAAGUUGACCACAGAUAUUUUUUAGAAUCUGCCUGCUUUAAAAAGGCCCAGAGAUACACCUUUUUAUUAGCUAGUUUAUUGAUUUAAAGGUUGAUUGAGUGAUUUACAUUUACACCGAUUUGAUUAACGUCAUAGUAGCAUUUGUACUUUUUAUUUUUUAAAUGCAGUUCACAUGUUAUUUUCUAGUAAUUUUGUAUGUAUAUAAUUUUGGAAAGGCUUUAUAUUAAGGUUCCCUUUACUCCGUUAUUUAACAUGAACAAACCCGGAACUUCAGUUAUAAUAAAGCACAAAUAUUAUUAACAAAGUAACAAAAUAAGUUAACACGUGAAUUAAUUUGUUUGUUUACUUUACACAGACGUUUGUUAAAAAAAAUUCACUGGAAUUGUGCAUCUUACUAUGUUUUUUACUGUUGCUUGGCAUACAUUUAGGGGAAAAAAGCCAUCUUGACAAACAAUGUUGCGGUAAAAUUUAGAUUUUGCUAGAAAUUCUUUCUGCUUGCUUGGAUUUUUUUUAAAAAAAAAUUUUUAUUAAGAUGUUUAUUGUUUAUAUCUGUAUUUGUUGGCUUAAUUUUCUUUCCUGAUGGUGUGAACAUUGCCUAAUGUAGGUGUUGAUUAGUUAGCUUAUUUGGUUUUUACUUUGUUAAUGAUACUGAAGGUGUAUUAAUGCUGAAGUUCAAGGUUUGGAUCAUGUCAGUUAAGGAAAUCUUGAUAUAAAGAUUAAUCAUAUAUUUGAAUCACUUUUAUGCAAUAUAGCUACAACACAAUGACUUUGCUUUUGUAAUGAAAAUGUAAGAAAUGAUGAAAUAAUGGGCACACUUUCAUAGCACUUAGCUGGGAUAGGAUAAAAUCAGUGUGAUGCUGUAUCAUAUCGAGCAUGGAAAUAUCUGUGGGUGUGUCCUUGAGCCUAUAUGGAAGUGAGAGUGGCUCUGAUUGGACAUAGAUGCAGAUGUGGGUGUGGUUUUGAGUCCAAAUAUGGAAAUCUUCAACAUAAUGCCUACCCUGAGCUAACCUGACAGGAUUUUUAUUCACAAAUGUUUAUAAUCACUGCUAAUGCUAGCUAGCUGGAUUGUAUGAGCUAGCUUGAUGUGACUUCUGAGAAAACCUUACCUCUGAGUGCAUACGUAAGCUCCUUUUGAGCACCAGCUGCCUACACAGAAAUAUCUUUGAAUACAUAUAUAGGCUUAAGGACACACCCACCUGUUCCACUCAAAGACGCACCCACUGGUCGACGUUUCCGCACGAAGACCCUUGUCCGAGGUGCUGUAAACAGUCGUAUAUGGUGAUCGUAUUGGGAAUUUAUCACAUUGUUCCACCCUGGCAUCUGAGUUUAUAGAUGUUUCUGUUUAACCUUUAAACUUUUAUAGGAAGUAUUAUUUUAGCACCUUGUGCUUUUGUUUUGUGUUUUGGGCAACAUUUUAUAUAAACUAUCAUGGCGUCUUCCCUGUGUGUGUGUGUGUGUGUGUGUGUGUGUGUGUAUAUAUAUAUAUAUAUAUAUAUAUAUAUAUAUAUAUAUAUAUAUAUUUAUAUAUCUUAUGAAUAUAUUAAAACCCAUAUGUCUGGACAUAUAAAUUCAGAAGCCUAUUAACAAAUAACAAAAAAUAUAAUAAACAUAUAACACUAAAUUUCUGAAAAUAUCUUAUGCACAGGGGAAGCUCAAAUAAAUCUACACGAGUUAUCUACAGCCAUGUUCUGGUUUCAUUGAAAUGUUGCCUUUAAUUUUUAAUCUAACUUUAACUUUUAAUGUUUAAUAUCACCUUAUUUUUUUAAUUAUUUUUCUUUCAUGUGUAAACAACAGUGAAUUAAAAGGACUAAAGUUAUGCUGCUAGCUUUAUAAAUGCAAUUUAGUUUUCAUGUGAAUAUUAGUUUUCAUCUCUAGUGGACCUAAUUGUUUUGUUUAUUUGAUAUUAAACAGGCAAUAAACUCCACAAGACUCAA